AUGGGCCAGCAACAGUCUCGAGGGCUCCUGCUGGAGUGUAUUGUGGUUAACGAUGGCACCGAGUUCGCCUUUCGAAGCGACCCAAAACAGCGAGUGACUGCGUUGAAGGCUGCUAUGAAGUUCCAUGCGCCAGAAAGCAUCGACUGUGAAGACUUCGCGUUGGAUUUAUACGCUCCACGGAUGGUAGGCGGCUCCGGCCUAGAAGUAACGAGUGAGCACCUUAUGCAACUUUGGCGAGGUAUGGUGCUGUUUGAGGUCUACAAGGCGAUGUCGGCUACAAAUUUCCUGGUGUCGCGGUAUCGCUUAUCCAAGUACAAGUUCCUGGACUCUGGAGACGAUGAAGCCAUCCAGAUUCUGGUUCGCAAGCCUGGAAAGCUCGUCAUCCAGCCAACGUGGACUCAAAUGCCUCCAGAAGAGACUCCUAAUCUGGCAGAUGGGAGGCUUUUCUGCGUCAUAUUCAACGAAGCUGUGAAAAGGCUGUGGAUAGACCCCAUGGCGGUGGUGAAGGCGUUGGGUCCUCUCUUCGUUGUCCUGGACCAAAUUCACGUCUGGUUCAUGAGAGACGAAGGUGGAGCUGGGAGCUUGGAGCUGUUUAUCCAGUUUUGCAGCGAUAUUUUGUGCACGUGGAUGACCGUCCCGCAGUUUUAUAUCGUUCUUACAGGCUGCGGCUCCUUCCUCCAGCUCGUCCAGAGUGGCGAUCCCUACUGCUAUCAUGGUCUGUACUUUCGUCCUACUGAGAUCUAUGAAAUCUUGUGCAAGACCAAAGUGCGUCGCGGCUGCGAGCUAACACUGAGAGAGCGGUGGGGGCUCAAAUCUGAAGAAGACUUGGCGAUUGCAGCCCGCUUACUGUUUGAGAAAUCCUCCGGGUACCCUCAGGCGUUGUCUGAGUUGCUGGAGAAUCAUCCGACGUUUGCAAGCCUGACUGAAGCUGAAGAUCGCUUCUCCGACCAUGGCAAUGUCGUUGAUGUGACGGGUGAUGUGGAGGAUGACGAAUGCAUGGAGGAGGAGACCAUCGCGCACAUAUUGGAGUUGUGCCACCUUUCCUGGGAAGACGCGCUGUCGAAAGCAAAGGUGUUUGCGCUACCUUCGUCCAAGCGUGACGUCCUGAAUAUGCUCUAUCCGCUGCGUGAACACAUUGAGCACAUUGCGGACAGUAUGAGCUACAUGGGGCCCAACAGCGCUGAUAUUCUGAAGUGGCUCUGCUUGAAGAGCCUUCAAGAGAUGACUGAGCCUGGAAGCAAGUCGAGGAGCAUGCUGUCUGGUUUUAUUAAGAGUGGUUCGGUCCUCGGCAAGUACUUGGACGCUGGUAUUCACUACCCCGCCAAAUUCCUGGUCCUGCCACAGAUCGUGCCCGAUAGUGACAGUGACUACUCCGACACAUGUUCGGAUAAUGUGAUGGAGGCUGAGAGCGCUAACGUGGAAGACUGGCCACGUCUGAUGCGCGAGAUCACCAUUGUGCUAUCUGACCAGCAUUUUUCAAGUAAAAGACCGCAGCGCGUCAAUGCGUAUUUCUUCGGGAUAUGCACGCUAACGGUGGGGCUCACGGUGGUGACAACUAAGCUCAGCAAGACGAGUGUACUUGAGGAAUGCGCCAAGUUUGACAAGAUGCUCACAGACCUCGACGAAUUCACGAAGGCGUCGUUCGGGUCUAUGGUCAACGUUCUCGUGUUGGUUGUAACGCAGACGCAUGAAGACAUCAGUAGUAUGUUCGGAGAAACGGGCAACUUGAGAACGCAGGAGCUGCUCCAUGCUGUCGAAAUGGUCGUGAAGAAAAGUGAGGCUGAGGCUUAA